UUGAUCGUGCAAAUGCAAAAUUUCUCCGGUGAAUCCUCCGCAAUUCCUUUUCCCUUGAAUCUUGAAUUGGUUUCACUUUUGCCUUCUGAUCACCAAAUCUAGGGUUUCUCAGUUCCGUCGUGGCUUCGCCGUCGUGAUCCUACUUUUGCACUUGCUUGUUGCUUAUAGGCGUGUGAUCGAUCUUGCUGCGACACGGUUUUGUUUUGUUUAUUCAUAUGUAUUCAAUUGAUUCAUUACUUUAUCAUCGAAACUCUUGACGAAUUCUUUGAGCAUCUUAUUCUUUUGCAAACGAUGAUUGUUUUUUCGAAUAAUUGUAAAUUUUUUCCUGCUACGUUAAAGUUUCCUCGCCUUCAUUUUGAAAUUUCCCCUGAGAAGGACAGUUUGAUCGCAAUAGUAAUAUGAGUAGGAUUAGGGUUAGGGUUACGGGUAGGGCUGUGGAUGGAGGUGGUGGAUACUUUUUUCCACUUAAGGUGUUUGUUUCCGAAUUUGUUCCGAUCAUAUAGCAUCAUAGAAACAGUUUGCCUCCAUCUUUUGUUGAUGUUCAUACUCUGAAUUUUGGUAUAGUUAUGUGUCUGUUUAUAAGCUCUAAGAAUUUGUGACUGGUUGCUGUGUCAUUAUACAACACCCUAUCUUGUGCUGUUGCAUUUGCCCGUAGAGUGAGACAAUUAGACCUUAAAGGAUCUCUCUGUUUCAUAUGAACGUAUAUAUGUGUAUGUGUGUGUGCGCAUAUAUUCUGUUUUUCGUAAUUUUGUAUUGUUACUCUUUGUAGAAAUCUAUUUGAGCAGGCAGUGUUACAUCUCAAUUCUAGUCGAGUUUGGUCUGUAUUAUUCCAUUAGGUUUUGCACAGCAUUACUUGUGAUAAGCUUAUUAUCGAAGAACUUUGUGUUUUUAUUUCCAAUUCUUGGGUUGCUUCAUCAAGAGUUACACCUUUCCAUGUUGUCAAGGGCACCUUUUCAUUCAACUCCUUGCUGCAGCAAUGAAUUCAAGAUCAUCUUCUUUAAAUCCGUUUGCAUCGCCCUACACGCCACUCUCAAAAAGAGUUGGUUCUGAUGUGGACAAGGGCUUUGGUCCUGCACAAGAAUUCAAUAGAAGAAAUGAGGCGUAUGGGAAUCAUUCUGAAAACAUUUUGCCCCAACAAAGUCACCGCCAGAAACCUUCUUGGAAUGAUGGAGCAAUACCGGCUGCUGGUGACUUCUCCAAAUGGAAGAAGAACGAUCAUCGUGGUGGCGAAUACUUUAGUUCAUCGUCUCGAUAUGCUCCAUCAAAUGAAAUGAUGACUCAAGAAAAGACAAAUGUUGAUGAAGACAUGGAUUUAGCUUACCUUCAGAUGACCUUUCCAGGAAUAUCGUAUGAAUCCCUUCACAGCGUCUACAUAACCAGCAGAUGCGAUCUGGAUGCUGCAGUCGACAUGAUAAAUCAGCUUGAGAUCCAACCUCAUGAUCCAUCAGAUAAGCUUCCCGACUCUCUGGACAUCGGUGAUGUUCCUGAAAUGGGCGCCGGGUCGUCACAGAAAGCCAAAGGGGCUUCUUCAACCUCGGGGUGGUAAUCUUCUAAGUAAUCGGUUUGCUAUUAUGGUGUGGUGUUUCUAGGCUUCUGCUUGUCGAUGUAAAACAAACCUGUUAGAUGUUCGUAUUUGCUGGAUAAAAAGACAAUGAAUAGGAGGAAGACGAAGGCAAAGGUAAGAAGGUAAGUAAAAUGAGAGAUAUUGGAAAAGAAAAAAAGAGUGUGUUGUGUUUGUUACACACACAAUUCACUUUUGGACUGACUCUAUCCAUUAUUCCAUUGCUGCUGUUUUUGUAUUUUUGUCUCCAAAACAUUCCCUUUAGCAAAUUAUCUGGAUAAGUAAACAACAUACAAAUAUUACUUUUGUUGAAUUUGCUGUUUUAUACGUAUAUUUUUGGGAAUUGACAGAUAGAUUCAAAUUUGAAUUUUUUAUGUCUAUCGAUCUUACGGCUUUGGGCUUUUAUGCUAAAAAAAAUGAUUUAAUAUAGUAGUAAAUGCAUGUAUACUACACCACUUUGUUGGCUAUUGUUAUUGUUAUUGCUAUUUAAUUUAUUUGUGUUCAAUAUAUAUGUUAAUCUAAUAAUUUUUUUACUACAAAUUAAAAUAGUAAAUAAACAUACAUAUAUACAUUCGAUAUUGUUAAUUUAAUUAAUAACGUACAAUACAGAGCAUAACCACAAGUUUUAAACGCUAGCCAUCUCACUAUCCCGACACUUUUUUGCUUAUUUCUCUGAACAAUAUUUAAAAUUAAAGAUAUACGUAUUGUUACAUUAUACUAGUACUAACAUAUUUAUUCAAAAGAAAAACUACUUGCUUGAAAUUCAUUCAAUGAAGAUAUAUAACCGUAACAACAAACGGAUAGAUAGAUGCAAUUCUGUGCGUGUGUUUUUGUUUAUGAUUUGAUUCCUUGUUGAAUUUUUCUAAUCUCUUUCUUGACCACAUUCAACUGUCCGAUAGGAUUGGAUUGGGCGGGUGUAGACUAGAAAUCGAAAUCGAUUGGUAAUUGUGAAGAAUUGGCGUUGAUGAUCUGAUCUGAGGUUAGGUUAGGUUAGGGUUUGUUUGUUGUCAACAUAUAGUAAUUAACUAAUAAAUAAUUUGGGAAGGAAGAAGAAGAAGAAGAAGAAUGGGUGUGGAUUAUUACGAGAUAUUGAAUGUGGGAAGGACCGCAACGGAUGAUGAUCUGAAGAAGGCGUACAGAAGAUUGGCCAUGAAAUGGCAUCCCGACAAGAAUCCCAACAACAAGGACCAAGCCGAGGCCAAAUUCAUUGAAAUUUCUGAGGCCUACGAGGUGUUGAGUGAUCCGAAUAAACGGCGAAUCUACGACCAGGACGGCGAAGAGGGUCUAAAAGACACGCCACGACCGGGCUCGUCUGGGAGCCGGACACAAUUCAAUCCAAGAAAUGCAGAGGAUAUCUUUGCUGAGUUCUUCGGGAGCAGUCCAUUCGAUUAUGGAUCCUCAGUUUCCGGGAGGUCGAGGAGGUAUUCAACGGACGCAGAGUCGUUCAGAAACUCUUGCGACGGAGCUGGAGUCAAUGUGCCGAAGAAGCCACCUCCGGUCGAGAAUAAACUUCCUUGCAGCCUCGAGGAGCUUUACACGGGUUCGACAAGAAAAAUGAAAAUUUCUAGACAAGUAGCCGAUGCGAAUGGGCAAAUGUCGACAGAAACUGAGAUACUAACGAUAGAAGUGAAGCCCGGGUGGAAAAAAGGGACGAAGAUAACGUUCCAAGACAAAGGAAACGAGCAACCGAAUCAGCUCCCGGCAGAUCUCAUCUUUGUGAUCGAAGAAAAGCCACACGACAAGUUCAAAAGAGACGGGAGCGACUUGAUGAUGAGUUAUCAGGUAACAUUGGCGCAAGCUAUUCGAGGGACAACUGUGGAGAUCGUCACACUGGAUAAUCGAAACCUAUCCAUACCGGUGACUGACAUUAUAAGCCCCGGUUACGAGCUCGUCGUCGAAAAAGAAGGCAUGCCCAUCUCUAAGGAGCCUAGCAAAUAUGGGAAUCUCAAGAUCAUUUUCGACGUUAAAUUCCCCGAAAAAUUGGCACCCGAUCAACGAGCUGCCCUAAAAGAGGCUCUUGGGGGUUGAUGAUAUAGUUAACAUUGUUGGUUUAGUACUUUAGUUUAUAUGUAAGAUUGAUUGGGAAUGAAUGGUUAGUAACGAUAAUAAUAAUAAUAAUACAAUCAAACUUUCAUAUAUG